ACACACACACACACACACACACACACACACAUACACGGCCGGCACUGCCAGACGGGGCGGGUUCCAGUAGCGGGGGGGAGGAGACGCGGAAGUGCGGGGCCUGCGAGCGACAGACGCCAUGGCGGACCACUGCAGGCGACUGGACAUGGACAGAGAGUUCCUGUCGAGGGAGGGUGCUCUCAGUGAGAGACUGAUGGACAGAAUCGUUCUUCACCUCUUCAGGAUCUACCCGCAAAUACUGAACAAUUCUGAAGCUGAAGCGUUCCGCAGCCUCAAUGCUCCUGUACACAUUCGCAUCUCUGACCUCCUUCAGCACCUGCAGAGUCAGAGUAAUAAAGCUUGCAAGGAAUUUUAUAAUGCUUUGGAGUUAAAUGAUCCUCAGAUUUACAAACAGCUUCCAAGCAAACAUCCAGGUGAAACAACAAGGUCAGUAGCAACCAACAUGGAUAUCUACCACAGGGAGAGAUACAUACUCAAUAAUAGGGGUCCGGUCUUUUUUCUGGCGUGCUUUAGUGUUGCAGCGGGAUUAGCUAUCGUGCUUUAUUAUUGUAAGGAAGAAACCAAAUUUGAAAGUGUUGCAAAGAAAAUAGUGGGAUUCUCUUCUCUGGGAUUUGGCCGAAGAGCCAGAAGAUUCAUCCUUGCGUACCUGGAAGCACGGUCGUAAAGGAACAUGUGGGAUGUAGAAGCUGCCGCCACUCUGCAGGGAAGUUCUUCCAUUGAUACCAAAGACACAACGUUUCAUUUACACAAAGUAUAUGCACUUGUCAUGUUUAUACUGGGGCCCAAAGAUCAUAGAGUGGAGCUUUGUGGCCAGUACCCCAGAAACCCUCUAAAGGCAACGAGAUACAAUAAGCGAUGUUAAUGCAUUUGGCCCGCACACGUUGAACAGACACAAAGUUAUAAUUUUACUUAAAAUACUGUAAGCU